AUGGAGCGCCUGUUUUGGGCUACCAUGAGAAUCUUCUGGAAGAAGGCAGACGUAGACGCAUGGCGCGAGCAGAUCUUUGUCGACAACAAUGCGAGCUCCAGAGGCACAGAGAAUGUCGCCAACAUGAUCUCGCUGACCUCGACACUACACACCUUCCACACUCAAGGUGCGUUCGCGCUGCGCCCUGUACAAAUCUCCGACGACAAGAAGCAGUUGGAACUAGAGUUCCAUUGGUUGGUCAUAGAGGAGCGCGAGAGAGGUACCAAGGCCAAGCUCAUGGACAUGCCGGAGUCCUCAGAAGACCGGACAGAGUCUGGCGACGGCUACGGCCCGUUUGCACGAAGGGAUCCCAACGGCAGCCAGCUCCUGAAGAGCGGACAUAGAUUCAUCAUGUCCACCGACGACCCGCUGCAAAAACCUUUGCCGGACCCAGGUAAGCUUUACCUGCACGUCAACCUAGGAAAAACCUGA